UUACAUACUCUUUGUUGUCCGUGUAAUUAAACGUUAUCAUAUUGACGAGUUGACGACUAUUAUCCGUAUUUGAGUAAUCGUUAUCAGUGUGUAUUACUGUGAUUACGAAUUGUCAAAGUUGAUUGAGCUCGCUCUUGUAAUUUGAUAAAGCGUUAGAAAAUACUGUGUUAGGUUCUACACAGCUGUGCCAGCCAUGAGUGAGCGACCGCAGCCUUUAAAGGCCAUUAACAAGCUGUUUGAGGGCAAAGAGCCAUGGCAGAUAGUCACCAUGACUGCAUCGUCAGUGCUUGCUAUUGUGUGGGCACACAGCUUGUAUAAUGCCAAAGAAAGUGUCACAACGCGUCUUCGCAAGGAAUUCUUCAGAUGGCUCCGUCAGGUGCCCAUAGUGAGGAGGAAGAUUGAUGAAAAGAUGGCAGAAAUCAACAGUGACUUCCGAAAGGAUGUAGUCAAGAGACUAGCCGGUGUUACCGUUAGGAGGGAACUGCCGGAGCAUGGGCUGGACUCCGAACAGGUGAUGGAGGAAGUCAGGGAUCAUGUAGCUCUAGGUGCCUACGACUGGCAAGGAGGUAGCGUAUCAGGGGCAGUGUACCACGUAAGCAAAGAGAUCAGUAAAGUGGCUUGUGAAGCCUACAGUCUUACUGCUUAUACGAAUCCAUUGCACGCUGACGUCUUCCCUGGCAUCAACAAGAUGGAAGCUGAAGUAGUCAGGAUGGCCAUCAACCUGUUCCACGGAGACGAUGACUGCUGUGGUACGGUGACAACAGGCGGUACAGAAUCAAUAAUAAUGGCCUGCAAAGCAUUCAGGGAUCUUGCGUACAGUAAGGGUAUAAGUAACCCACAGAUUAUAGUACCAUCGACCGUGCACACGGCGUUUGACAAAGCGGCUCAGUACUUGGGCCUCUCUGUGAAGACGAUACCCGUAAACCCUGAUACUAUGACCGUUGACGUCGAGAAGGUUCGAAAGGCUAUUGGAAGAAGGACUUGUUUGAUCGUAGGCUCAGCACCGAACUAUCCCUACGGCACAAUGGAUGACAUCAUCGCUCUGUCAAAUAUCGCAUUAGAGAACGACGUCCCACUCCACGUAGAUGCCUGCCUCGGAGGUUUUGUGGCUGCCUUCAUGCCUGACGCUGGGCACCACGUACCCGUCUUUGACUUCAGACUGCCCGGGGUCUCCAGUAUAUCUGCUGAUACGCAUAAAUACGGUUUUGCGCCAAAAGGCACGUCAGUAGUCCUGUACCGCAAGGCGGAGUACAGACACCAUCAGUACACUGUCACCACGGAGUGGCCCGGAGGAGUCUACGGCUCUCCUACUGUCAAUGGCAGUCGCGCGGGUGGUCUAAUAGCAGCUUGCUGGGCGACUAUGAUGUUCGUCGGCAAGGCGCGAUACGUCACCAUGACUGACGAGAUCAUCAAGACCGCCAGGCAUAUUGAGGAUGAGAUUCGUAAGAUCCCAGGACUGUUCGUGUUUGGCAAGCCGGCGACAUCAGUCAUAGCAUUCGGAUCGAAAAAGUUUGACAUUUUCAAGAUGGCUGAAUUAUUGCACAAAAAGGGGUGGAGCCUAAACGCUUUGCAGUUCCCAUCUGGAAUACAUAUCUGCGUAACCCAUGCGCAUACGCAGCCGGGCGUGUCGGAGCGGUUCCUGAAGGACAUGCGUGACGCCGCGCGGGACUGUCUCGCCGACUCCAAGGCACCCGUCGAGGGCAAGAUGGCGAUAUACGGCGUAGCUCAAGAGAUAUCGGACAGGAGUUUGGUGUCAGACAUCACAAAGUACUUCAUAGACUCCAUGUACUACUUGCCUAAGGCAGACGACUAGUAUAACUUGGUCUACAUCACAAAACGUACCUUAAGUUGCGGCCAUAUUUUGCUUUACGCUAUAAUAUAUAUACUCUCUACACAUAUAUAUUGUUAUGUAUAAUGUUUUAAAAACAUACUUAGACAAUUGGAAAUUAUGUUAGUCCUAGCCCUGGUUUUCUUAAGAGUAGGCUCUUGUGAAGAAAGGCUAAGGUAAGAGGAGUUUUACGUAAACACAUUCCGGUUUCCACUAUAAUCACCUUCAAAGGAUCACUGGGUUCAAUAACGGAAUAAAUAAUUAAUCUGGAUUCAAUAUUUUUCAAAUUAAGUCACAUUAUUACUUGGCAAGCUUCGAGCCGACACUCUUAUGAAUAAAAUUUAAUUUUCUAAUAUACAUAUUUAUUCUAUCACAGACAUUUAUAAUGCUCCACGUAAAUACCUAGGUACUUAACAGGUACCCUUUUUGUGAGGCGAA